CUGUGACAGCUCGUGAGCAUGACUGCCCGCCCACUUGAUCGAAAAAUACAAAUAAUCUUGUGAUACGGAUGCUUAGAUUAAUCACUGCUGAAUCGCUUUGAUCAUCUGCAAGCUAAACAAGCAAAUUUAACUUUGCCAACAUGUUUAUGCAAUAUAUGAAAGAGUUGGAACAGGAACCAUUUGAUGCCGACGAGUUUGUCGAAAGACUUGCCUGGCGCACUGUUUCGGUCACAAGAGAUGAAGGCGACCAGCAACAAUUCGAUCCAAUUUUGCUAAAUGACACUUUCGUUCAAGCUAUCAAAGAUUUACAACUGCUUCACGAGCGACAGCAGAAAAAAUGUGAAAAGUUGGAAAAUGAAUGCAGAGAGGAAGAGGCGAAGCACUUUCAAAAGAUUAGCUCUUUGCAAGAGAAGAAUAGAUCUGCAGUGUCCACUUUCCAAAAAUUGGACGAGAGAAUCAAUUCGGUGGCUACGAAAGUGCUUCAUCUGGGAGAUCAGCUGGAAAGCGUCAAUUUGCCACGUUCAAGGGCUGUAGAGGCCCAAAAACUGAUGAACCACUUUGCUGAGUUCCUGGGCCCUGGCUCCCCCAUAUCGGAUGUGUUCACAGAUACUAAAAAGAUUGACGAAGCUGCGGAUAUUAUUCAAAAGCUGCACUUAAUUUCACAGGAGCUACCCGACAAGUUUGACUCUGCCAAGAAAAAAAUCGGCAAGUACUACAAGAACAUCGAGGAGCAACUCAUUGACGAUUUUGUGAGGGCGCAGAGAUCUAACAACAGGGCCAGGAUGAAGGAGAUUGCCGCCAUUCUCUAUCAUUUCAAAAGCUAUUCCCAAUGCAUUGAUGCCUUCAUUGAGCAAAGCUUGAUGGGAGCGUUCACCGGAAAAGACAUCUUUCUCUUGGUCAUUCCACUCUGCGAGAAAAACUUUUCUGUGAUGAAGGAGGUGUUUAGCAACCCAGAACAAGUGAUGGCUAAGUUUGUGUUGAACAUUUUUGAACAGCUUCAGACCUACGUUGUUAGUAUUUUAACUAGCAAGUCUGGCUCUGAUGAUUACUUGAGAAACUUGGCAGAUUCAUAUUCCAAGACUGUGAAACUUGCUGCAGAUCUUUCCAAAUUUGAUAUGGGAAGUGACAACUCAUAUUUAAACAUGCUUACUACCAAAACAUUCCAAAAGUACCUAGAUACUUAUAUCACUGAUGAAACGCGCCUUUUGAGAGAGAAAUGCUCAAACCUCUUGUUGAACUAUUACAAUUCUAAAAAGCAUCAGAAGAAAGCCAUCCAAACUGGAGGCUUCCAAGAUCUAAGGAGAGACUUGCAAGCUGUGAUUGGAACUCGGGCUAACAUCAAUAUUGCUCAGAUUGAAAACUAUGGAGGUGAAACAUUCCUGUCGGAGGAAAUGGCGAUUACCAUCCUACAGGAAAGCAAGUCCGCCUUUCAGCGAUGUCAAUUGCUCUCUCAACCUAAGGAAACGGCCGCCAAUGCUUCUCUAGUUUUGGAAAUCUUGCUCCAGUAUUUGGUGGUCGAGCACAUCGAUUACGCCAUUGAUUUGGGUUUGCAAGCUUUGCCCAUUCCUGAGAAAAGCAAUCCAAAGAUUUACUUUUUUGAUGUCGUCAGACAGUGCAAUGCAAUAAUUCAUCUGCUCGAGAAACAGUUCAGUGAUAGUGUUGUGCCACUCAUUAGUUCAACACCCAAACACUCGGAGUGCCUUCAAAAGAAAAAGCAGCUGCUUGAGCAGAUUGAGACCAAACUUGACAACGGUUUGGACAGGACAAUAAACGCAAUCGUCGGUUGGGUCAAAAGUUACCUGCAAAGUGAGCAGAAAAAAUCAGACUUCAAACCAGAGACGGACGUAGAUACUCUCUCGUCACAGGCGUCCCUAAAAGUGGUACAGUUCAUGAAUGACAUAACCAAAAAGGCGCGGGACAGUCUAGAUGGGAAAAAUGUGGACCACUUCCUGAUGGAGCUUGGUGUGCGCUUCCACAGGGUGAUAUUUGACCACCUUCAUCAGUUCCAGUUCAACUCGGCUGGUGCGAUGUGCGCCAUCUGUGAUGUCAACGAGUACAGGAAGUGCGUGAAGGCUUACAAGCAACCACUGGUCGACACUCUCUUUGACUCUCUACACGCCCUUUGCAAUUUGCUUCUGGUGAAGCCGGAGAACCUGCAGCAAGUCUGCAAUGGGGAGCAAUUGGCUGGACUGGACAGGUCAAUCCUAAUUAAUUUCAUCCAGCUCCGCAGCGACUACAAAACGCAAAAGUUGGCCGUCACCUUGAAAGGACUAGCCUCGUAACUUGUUGUCGUAAUAUGGUGUUGUGUUCUAACCUUAUUUAUUUCAUUUCAUAUAGGGAAUUGUAUGGAAGUAAUUAAACAAA